AUGGCGGCGCGAGCAGUGCAACGUGGCUAUGGCGGCGCCCUUUUGGACCGCUUUGCAACGUGGCUGCAAGGUUUGCCUUCCGAGACAUGCAACUACGCUACAACGGCUGUGAAGAUCCCCCUCGAAGGCGAAGAGAAUAUCCAGCUCGCAGCAGACCUUUAUCAGCCCGUUCUCAAAGACGAUGAGAAACCAGCGGGAACCAUUUUGGUGCUGUGCCCCUAUGGACGCAGCCUGCUCACUCUAAGCGCGCGAUCCUUUGCGUCGCGCGGCUACAACGUGCUAUUCGUCUCCUCCCGUGGCACCUUUGGAUCCGCUGGCCGACUCGACCCUGGCAGGAUGGAAUCGGAUGAUGGACCGCGCGUUGUGAAAUGGAUGCGCCAACAGCCAUGGUACACCGGGACUUUCGCGACGAUUGGCUCGAGCUACUUGGCUUACACGCAAUGGGCUUUAUUGGGAUCCGAUGAGUCUCUCCAGGACAUGGCUGCGGCGAUUCCUAGUAUAGGGCCUCACGACUUUUCCGACCUGCUUUGGGGGACGGGUGCUCUGUGGCUCACUUGCGUCGACUGGGCACAUCUUAUGGCCACCCAGGAGUCGCUUUCUGUAUUUCGUCAGGUGUACAACAUGAUGACUACUAAUAUUAUGACUUUGGCCCACAUCAAGAAAACGGUUCCGCUUGUCGAAGGCGCCAAACCCUAUUUCAAAGACAAGACGCCCUGGCUCCUCGAAUGGAUCAGUCGUUCAGACCGAAAAAACGACUCUUACUACGAGCCAAUGAAGCAUGGAAAGGCUCUCAGCACGUCCAAGGUCCCAAUUCUUAUAAUUGGUGGGUGGCAGGAUGUCUUUACUGGCACUACGAUGGAGCAGUACCAACAGCUUUGCAAGAGUGGCGGGAAUGUUGCACUGACCAUGGGCCCUUGGAACCACCUACAAGCAGGCAAUGGAGAGGGUGUGAUGAAAGAGACACUGGCAUGGUUGGACAAGUACCUCGCCAAACGUAAGGAGGGAGAAAUUCGACCAGCCCCAGUCAGAAUAAAUGUCACAGGUGUCAAUGAAUGGAGAUGGCUACCCAGCUGGCCCCCUACUACGACAGCGCUGGAACUGCAUCUCCAUCCGCAAGGAUGUCUUGUCAAGCAGGAGCUGGGCAAGAGGAACAUGGCCUCAUUUAAAUUCGAUCCUCACGAUCCCACGCCAACAAUGGGAGGCCCACUACUGUUUCACGGCGGCGUAGUGGACGACACAGCCCUCUCUAAACGCUCCGAUGUCCUCACUUUUACCACAACGCCCUUGGAUCACCCCCUGGAAGUCCUAGGUAAACCGCACAUCGAGCUGGCCCACAGUAGCGACAACUUAAACGUUGACCUCUUUGUCCGUCUAUCUGAGGUUGAUGCCAAGGGCAUCUCGCACAAUAUCACUGAAGUAUAUAAACGACUCGACCCUGCGCGCACCACGGGUGGAAAUGCGGUCAAGGUUGAACUGGACCUGGCAGACUGCGCGCAUAGGUUCAAGAAGGGAACUUGUAUCAGGAUCCUUGUCGCUGGUGCGAACUUCCCUCACUAUUCAUUCAAUUUGGGCUCUGGAGAGGACCAGGGGACAGGAACCGAGAUGAAGCCUGCGAUACACACUUUGCACUUGGGUGGAGAAUUAGCAUCGAAAUUGGUUUUACCUGUAUCAUUACUAGACUAA